UUAGUUCCACGCUGCAGUCUUGUGAAUGGGUCAAGACUGAAAAAACAGAAAGCCAUCCGGUCUCUCGGUUUUAAACGGGUUACCCCCAUGUCCCUCCGUUCAUUCAGGACUGUCAGAUAACGGACCUGUCACUUGCCGACAGACCAAGAGCUCUCAAAUUUGUACUCGACGUGUUGCUGGACGAGUCAUGACCCUGAGACAAGCCAAUGGCUGCAAACAGCUGACCUUGACCAUUGGCCUGACCCUGACUCUAGGCCUGCUGCAAUGGCCAAUAGGAGAUGUUAGUGGUCAGGAUGGACUGUCUCCUACACAAGUCCUUCAGGAGCUGCUGACACGCUAUGGCGACAACACCAGCAUCUCUGUCCCUCAGCUCCGAGCGCUCCUCAUGCGCUUAAAUGGAGGCCAGAGUGGAGAACAUGAUGCACAAACACAGCCCACCAAAACCAAUGCAUCUAAGUGCUUGGCUGCAGACACUUUGGCAGUGUAUGGGAUGAGCGAACAGUCUCGUAUAGAUGAACGUGGCCUGCAUGAUAUCUGCCCUACAAUCAUACAGCAGCUGGACUCACAAGCAUGCAAGACCCAGCAGGACCAAGAGUCUGAGAGCAGCCCCAGACCCACUGAUGCUGAGGUGUGGGGUUACUCAGUUUUGAGUGUGACUCUGGUUAGUGCGUUCGCUUUGACUGGUGUGUUUGUGGCGCCCCUGAUGAGGACGCGGUUCAUGCGCAGAAUACUCGUCUAUUUCAUCGCUCUGUCCAUUGGAACAUUGUUGUCCACCGCCAUCCUGCAGCUCCUGCCUGAGGCCUUUGGAUUUGACCUCAUGGAAGAUUAUUAUGUGCCCAAGUCUGCUGUCGUGUUUGGAGGAUUCUACCUGUUCUUCUUUACAGAGAAAAUCCUGAAGAUGAUCUUAAAGCCAAAGGAAAGGGGGGGGCAUGGCCACGGCCACAGUCACUUUCCUGCAGAGCGCUAUGCCAACUCUAAUGGUGACUUGGAGGAUGGUGUGAUGGAGAAACUGCAGAAUGGAGAGGCUGGAGAAGCAUCUUUACCCAGAGUGGAAGGUGAUGCCAGAGGGCUUGGAGAAGAUGACAAAAUGAUCAGCACUGGGCAGACAGUACAGGACUCUCAGAGUUCAGGUGGUGCUGGAACGGGUGGAUGUUAUUGGCUUAAGGGCAGGGCAUACUCUGACAUCGGUACUCUGGCAUGGAUGAUCACUUUGAGCGACGGUCUGCAUAAUUUCAUUGAUGGUUUGGCUAUCGGAGCCUCCUUCACUGCUUCUGUGUUUCAGGGCAUCAGUACAUCAGUGGCAAUUCUGUGUGAGGAGUUUCCACAUGAGUUGGGUGAUUUUGUAAUCCUGCUAAACGCUGGCAUGAGCAUCCAGCAGGCACUCUUCUUUAACUUCCUGUCAGCGUGCUGCUGUUAUCUGGGCAUGGGCUUCGGAAUCCUGGCUGGUAACAAUUUCUCUCCUAACUGGAUCUUUGCUCUAGCCGGAGGCAUGUUCCUCUACAUUGCACUGGCUGAUAUGUUUCCUGAGAUGAAUGAGGUGAGUCGUGAAGAAGAGGAGGCCGGAGGAAGUGGAUCUCUGCUAACUUUCGCCAUCCAGAACGCAGGGCUGCUCACUGGGUUUGGCAUCAUGCUUGUACUUACCAUUUACUCUGGACAGAUACAGCUUGGAUAGCAGAGGACCUAAAUACAAACUCAGACACUAAAGGACUAUCUCAGCACCUGGACUAAAACCUGAGACCUACUGGGACCUCCAGACUUUAAUAUGAGCCAGCUGUGCUGGCUUGUUUUAAAACGUUUGCCCAGCUGGACUAGGUCAUGACAUAAAUUGAAAUGUUUUGGGCAUAGUUUGGGCUCAGAGUAAACCUUGGACUGUUUAAACAAGGCUAGAAUUGACUGACCCGUGAACUUUGCUUUAGAUUCAUCCAAAACCUGGGACCUGUUGAUGGAUGUGGUACCAUUCAUCUAGUUUAGGCCUUCUCUGGUUCCUUCGCCUCAGCUUUAGGACACAGUGAUGUCUCUGUACCGUGUGGAUUCUCGUUCCCCAACAUAUACAUCUGGGCAUUUUUGUAUUGAUUUCUAAUGUUCUCAUUAUUUAAUUUAUAUUGUGUUUUUCAACAAAA